AUGGUCAGCGCCGCCGCUUCCGCUCUGCUGGCGCUUGGUAUUUUAUUAGCAGUGUGCCAAGCCUUGGAGAACACAACAUCUGCCUUGAGUGCUCCCCCAGUGGCGGCGGCUGUAAGAUCUCAUUUUGACAACUGUCCAGAUGCCCACACUCACUACUGUUUCCAUGGUACCUGCAGGUACUUGGUGCAGGAGGAAAAACCAACUUGCGUGUGCCACUCUGGGUUUGUUGGGACACGGUGUGAAAAUGCAGACCUCCUUGCGGUCGUAGCUGCCAGCCACAAGAAACAAACCAUAACCACUUUGGUGGUGGUUUCGGUGAUCGCAUCCGUUGCAUUGAUCAUCAUCUGCGUCCUAAUACAUUGCUGCGGGAUACGGCAACAUUGUGAAUGGUGCAGGACCAUUCCCUGCUGGCACGAGAAGCCCAAUGGGCUCUUGAAGGGAGGAAGAUCUUGCUGCAUCUCAGAAACAGUUGUUUGACAGAGGCUACGUCUGCUGAGAUACAUAUUGCUGUGUGUAGAUGGGACCACUUCAGCAUCCCACCAGAGGCCUACAAUAUUCCAGAGAAAGACUUAACAUGGACAAAAAAGCUACCCAGGGAUAAAACAGUAUUGGCAAGCAGACUCCAUGCAUCUUUGGGUACUUUGUUAUAUCCUUCGUUUAUACAUUGGGUGUCCGGAACUUUGCCAAAGGGAAGACGUUGGCCACCUGGCACCAGGCUUAAUCUGUAUAUGGAAAUCUGGACAACGAAGAAAUCCCAAAGACUUUAUGUAGUAAAAUAAAGAUUUAAAAAGUGCACAUUGGACAGCUUUGUGUUUACGCAACUAUUCGAAAUGGAGGCGGA